CCUUUCCACCCCUCAAGUUUUACAUGGAAUGGUCCUUCCCCACAUGACGUACACCUUGCGGUGCGGCUGCGCAUUGCUGUCGGCUUGGGAGGCCAUCUCCCGGGCUCUGUGAGGUGUGCGCCCAUCGAGGUUCAAGAGGCAGCUACAAGAUGUCCCAUCGCAGAGAUGCCGGGCCAAUUGACUGCAAAGUCUACGUUGGUGAUCUGGGUCAGUCUGGUACCAAGCACGAGUUGGAGCGGGCGUUUGGCGCCUUUGGGCCACUGAGGAACGUCUGGGUUGCCCGUAACCCAGCAGGAUUCGCAUUCGUAGAGUUUGAAGAUCCACGGGAUGCAAGGGAUGCUGUAGACGCGCUAGACGGACGGUAUAUCUGUGGCCGUCGUGUCCUAGUUGAAAUGUCUCACGGUAAGAAGCGCUCGUCUCGAUACCGGCCAGCACCCCCGCCCAGUUAUCGUGGCGGCGGCGGUUACGAUUACCCUCAACGCCGGCGAUCGCGGUCGUUCUCGCCGCAGCGCCGACGCCCGUACAGUCGCAGCCGCAGCAGGUCUCCCAGGGACAGGUCGCCCAGGGACAGGUCUCCACGCGACAGGCGUAGGAGCCGCUCCCGCUCUCGUUCCCGCGACAGGAAGCACUCCAGGUCUCGUUCCCGGGAUCACAGUCGCUCCGUCUCACCCCUCAACAAGAGUCCACGAGGCAAGAGUCCAGGAGACGACUAGAUCCAACCGGUGCCAAACUUCAGGGUGACCUUUGACCCACCGGCCUUCUCACCAUCCACCAUGGGCCCUGCAUGGCACCAACCACCCGUAAAUGUUUAAAAGUCUGGAGUCAGUCCUUUUAUCUGUUCCCACCGUAGCAGUAGCAUAUACAGAUUUUUUGUUGUUUUACCUUUAUUUUUAGCUGUGUAAGUGAAAACUCAAUGGGACCUGUUUGUUGUACCUUGUAACUUGUAUGUAGGGGAUCCAUUUCUAUAUAUGCCAGCUAUAUGUCAAUGAGUUCUUUUGUUCAUAUUGUAAAUCACAAUACCACCGCAGUCUGUUUUUGUAUAGCCACUAGAGGACAGAGGAGCUUGCCUAUUUGUUUGUGCAUGAAAACAUGAACUUUUUGUGUGCAGAUGGAGUAGUACAACAUGAUUCAAAUUGUAAUCGCCCGAUAUGUACUUUGCACUGUUGUGUUUAAGAUAUGUCUGUUCCCUGCAUAUGUUGUCUGUGUUACUCUUAGGAAUUGGUAGAAUACACCAUUUAAUCAACAUAUAAUUAGAUGUAUUUGUAAAAUCAUCAAACUGUCCUGUUACUCACCAAAUUGUAGCCAUUUUAUAAUUUCUAUAGCUCAGUGAUUUUGUGCUCAUGUUCCGACCAAGAACCUGCGUAUGAUUGUGCCAACAUGGGUGCCUCUGAAGUAGGUGUGUCAGGGAAUCACACCUUUCAUAAGGACUUACAUGUAGUUUACACUAUAAAGGAUUCUCCUCGGUUGGCUCUGUGACUUGUAGAGCAAAGAGUAAGAGUGAAACUGGGUAAGGGAAGGGAGUACAAUGUUCUAAUAUCACACUCAUCAUGUGUGCUGAACUUGAAAUGAAAUGGCCAUUCCAUUCCUCCCUAUAACUCAGUCUUUGACAGCUGCUCCAAAUGCUGCUAUUGUCAUGACAGACAAAGUACAUGUAAUGCUUUUAUGCCACAGAUGGGGUUUAGCCUUUUUCUCUCGAGAGGAGAGAUAGUUUUCCUAACUAAAUCAUUUAAUUGGUAUGAGAAAGUCAUACUUUACUCAUAGUCCCUGACAUACCUACACAGAGGCAAAGACAGUCAGUGAAAGGUGCAUGCUUGCUUGUGUACAUGUGCAUAUUGUGACACUAUUUUGAUAAUCAGUGGUGUAUUCAGGUAGGGUCAAGGUUCAGGAACAGUAAUUUGGUUAAUAAUGUUUUGAAAUAAUGAUUUGUCUAUUCCAUGAUUGUAUAAUGAGGACUAGUAUCACCAAUAAUUGUAACUGUAGCCAUGGUGGGGCAUUAAGACAUAAAAACAUUUAACAAUCUCCCUGUUUGUUGUGGUCUAGUUCACGCACUAGAUUUACUUGGCUUGGGCAAAACUCAGCAGGGAGAGCGUUAAAGUUUGUUGUUAAAAGUGUAAGUAGCAGUCCACCAUAGAGGAGAACCUUACCAUUGCUUGUAUUGUCUAUGUAUCUUUGGAGAAAAUAAAAGUUAUUACAUUUCUACCACCGAAA